UAAUGUUCUUGGGCACGAUGGCUAGGCAGGUGGGUUCGAGCAACGUUCCCAUUGAACGUGAACCGUUCCCCGUCGACGGAUUCGUUUCACGAGUGUUCACGUUGUAGUGUCAGCGACGGCGUAGGCAUGUUACAGUACGUAACGACGUGUUAAAAAAGUCAUAACAACCUUGUCGGGCACGAUGAAUCGACGAUGAACCCGACUAAGUCAGCUGACAAUGACAGUACGAAAGGGGGGAAGCCACCCCGCAGCACCCUCCCCCUUUCAAGUCCUCAAUUACGCGAUCCGCAGGAUUAUUAAUUUCCAUUUAAUUCUAUUAAUUCAUAUUUGGAUGGACGCGUGAACGGGGGUCCCCCAUUUUGUUUUAUUUUUGCAAAUUUCGAUGCAAACGUGACGUUUCGUUGAAUCGAUCGGAUUUAAACAGCCGAAUUGUUUGAGUGAAAUACACUGGUCAAUAAGCGUAUUUCAUUUUGGUAGGCUAUCGUAAUUGCGCGGUGAACUCUGCCCUCGGAAAUGCUCGUUGCCUCCCAACAGGCGAUUGCGAAUGCUCGAGAGAAAUGGAUCCCCGUGAACUCCUCGAAUUUAAAGCCUGGAAAGGAAUGUACAUGCUGAAUAUCCACAUCAGACAUUUUUGCUUUUAGAGAUCUGAUGUUGGCCUUAACGAGUGAACCGUGAAGGCGGCGAGGGAAGGGAGCAUCCGUUCUAAUGGCGUCAAGACCCAAGCACUGUUGUCACAUUUUGUCCUACAGUGUUUCAAUAUUUUGCUUUGUUUAUGUCGCUCAAGUUUCACGAAAAGAAGACACGAAAUCCGUCUGGGUUUGCGAAGACACAAACAGUUAGUUUUUACAAAUGGAGAGAAAGUAAUUGUAGAAGACACUUUCUGCCACUAGCAGGAAAUAUAAGUAAUUAUGGAAGUGACAACAGAAGAAGGGCAGACUGUGUUGCUGGAAGGAAUGGAAGGUACACAAUAUAUUACUAUUCAAAGGGCUGAUGGAGAGCCUUUAGGCAAGAGUGUUCCGCUUUUAACGUUAAAUGGGGAGUUGAUUUCGGAGGGAAUGGUUGUUGAUAUGAUCAACGCUGGUGUUGGUUCAGACUAUGCCACGGCAACCCAAUACUAUGAAGCAGACGAUCUCUUACAACACGAAUUGACAGAGGAAGAUCGUAGAUUGGCAGCAGCUUUGGUUGCAGUUCAGCUGCAACAACAACAGAAACAUCAGCAACUUCAUAGUCAGUCUCAGCACGAUGAUCCAACUUUGCCAGAUGUUUCCCAAUUAGAAACUUUAACGCCUGUUAAUACUUAUUCUAUUCAAACUGUGCCACAACCGAAUGGUCCACCAGUGUAUCCAACUUUACAACCUUUUAAACGAAUUCCACACAAUGUAAAACAAGAAUUUAUAAAUGUGAAAAGUGAAUACGAUGUUGAUGUAUCAGCAGAAAGUAGUGAAGAUACAGCCCCAACUUCUGGACCAAAGAGGUCUUUACCUCAUAAAAAGAGAAUUCCUCGUAAACUGAAACAACAAACCAAGAGAAGCUCUGCAAGGAAGGAUAGUGGCAAGUCUAAUUUAAAUGCUGCAAAUGCAGAAUCAACUGGAGAAAUGCAGUCUCACAUAUUUAAAUGUGAACUGUGUAGCUCUAGAUUUAGCAGUCAAUUAAAAUUUUUUGAGCAUCUUAAGGUGCACUAUGAACCUGUAAAACAAGAAACCAGAAUAGCACAAGCAACAAAUACUAAUAUUACUAUAUCUGUGCCGGAAUCUGUCCAAAACCUUCAAAACACUGAGAUCGAAGAGUUCAGUGAACCUGAGGAUCUCAUGGAAGGCAUCAGAGGUGUUGUGGAAGAAACUGGUGCUCACAUAGAUGAUGAAACAGAAUCUCCACUAUCUACCGUAAAUAAUGAAUCACCAUUAUGGACUAUUACAGAUGUCACUGAGCAUGUACAUAGGGACCAUGUAAAACCAUCAACUGUUAAUGAUCAGGACUUACAUGAAAAAGAAAAGACUGACAUUCCACAAACAACGAAGAAGAAGAAAAUUUUAAAAGCUCGGAAAUCAAAUGACGAAUUAACCUGUCCUCAAUGUGAUCGGUCAUUCCACCAUAAGAAUAGUUUAGUGUAUCAUAUGCGAUCUCACAGUGGUGAACGACCGCAUCAGUGUGAAGUCUGUGGGAAAAGUUUUUUCGCAGCUAGUGCAUUAAAGGUACACAAACGCCUUCACAGCGGUGACAAGCCGUACAAAUGCGAAGAAUGCGGUCGACAUUUCCGUCAGUGGGGGGACUUGAAGUAUCAUUCGACAAGUAUUCAUUCAGAGCAAAAACAAUAUCAAUGUGAAUAUUGUGGGAAAGACUUUGCCCGUAAGUAUUCUUUGAUUGUUCAUCGGAGAAUCCAUACAGGUGAAAAGAACUAUCGGUGUGAGUACUGCAACAAAACGUUCAGAGCGAGUAGUUACUUACAAAAUCAUCGUCGCAUCCACACCGGGGAGAAGCCGCAUCCGUGUACGGUCUGCGGGAAACCGUUCAGAGUGCGAAGUGACAUGAAAAGACACCUGCACACGCAUUCUAGAGCAAGAACUGAAAACACUUCCUCUCGGUUGAGUACUCCCGCUCGGUUGAGUACUUCUGCUCGAUUGGAUAGGGUUAUAGCAGCAGCAAAAGCUAGCAGCGAAGCGAAACUUCUCCUAGAAGACGAGACUAAGAAAGCGCAAGCAAAAACAAUCCAAGAUCUUGUCAGAGAUUUGAAAUUGGAAGUAGAGGCGACUGGUGUCGUAGAAAUUAUUCCACCAGACGACAAUCCAGAAAGUAUCCUGCCGCAUGCUGGGGGACAAACAUUGGAGUACACUGUGACAACUACGCCAGAUGCAACUUCAGAGAGAGAUCCGUUGGAAGCAGUUGUGCGUACUGCUGACAAUAUGCAGUAUUUUUUCAUGUAACAGUUGUUGGGAAUAAAAUUAAAAGCUGUUCAAACACUAUAGCACACUGUCAAGCAUUUGAAAUGUCUAUUUUAUAACCAUGAAGGUUCGUGAAAGAACAAACCUUCACUGUAAAUGGACGUUUUCACCAAUAGAAGUGCCGUGCAUCGAUACGUUGCCUAUGUACUGAGCAUAGUGUACUUUCCAGUUUCUCCGCGGCAUAUUCUUUAAGGAAGCACGAUCGCGACAGAUACAAUGUUUAAAUAAUGUUCGUAAGACUGUUUUCAACGGGAAACUAUGGAAAGUACGAAACUGAACGGAAAUCCUACAAAUAUAUAUCAAUUCAAUUGCGUAUAUAUAAAUAUACAUAUAAAUAUGCAUAUAAAUAUACAUAUAUACAUAUAUAUGUGUAUUGUAUUAUAAUUAAUAGUAAUCAAGAUAAUAUUGUACAUGUACAUUUUUAAGUUUAGGUAAGUUAGCCGUUUAUAUUGCGAAUCGUCGUUGAAAAAUAUAUUUUUUACGCAAAGA